AUUUCUGUCGACUGUGAGCUAUCUUGAGUCUCUGCCGGAUCAACUCGACCUGAUCUGCUGUCUCCUCGAUCAAUUUGGGACCGAGUACUCGUCUCUCUCUGACGUCGUCCCAAUAAAGAGGGGAACGACAUUUGCGACCGUAAAGUGCCUCGUAAGGAGCCAUCUAAAUAGAAGAAUGAUAGCUGUUGUUAUACGCGAACUCGGCGCUGAACUAAACUCUAGCUUCGUGCCCAUCGCCUCGUGUAAACUGUGCCAGAAUAUGCUGACGAAUCUGGGAUCUCUGUCUGAUACGAUAGUAACGGGCACUCCAUGGAGUCGGAUGAUCCCACGGGUAUAUAUCUCAGCCAAUUUAUCCAAAGACAUCUUCAUCGAAACGGGUAAGAUGAGCGACCUUAGUCAAUCUGUCGACCACGACCCAGACAACAUCGUGAUGUUCAGACGACCUCG